UUUCUGAUUACACUUUUUGCAUAUAUUAAUAUAUUAAUGAUAAUCCAAGCCUUAAUAGAUCACUGAUAGAUACAUAUACACAAAAAAUCGUUAUAUUUACACAUGCUUAUCUUUAAUGUUGCUGAGUUCAGACAUUUUCAACUUCAGUAUUUUAAUAUCAACUUAUGCUAAAUCACAGAAUUGUUGUAUUCCAUACAAAAUUAUGUAUUCCAAGUUUGAUAAUUGUGUAGAGCACCCCCUUGGCAUAUUAUGCAAAUGUACAGACUACCAAAAAAUAGUAAAUGAAUUCAAAUCUUAUAGCAUUGGUACAGAACACUAUUUACUACCUAAAAUGAAUACAGAACCAAUUGCAUCAGCAAAAGUUUUGUGGAUAAAGAAUCAUUUGAAAUUAGGUCAAGAUAUAUCAAAACCUAUACUUCUUUACUCUGAAGAACAACCAAAUAUUAAUACUUGCAAUGUAGACAAAAUAUGGAUUCCUAUUAUUCCAGAUUUAAUACCAUUCAAAUUCAUUUUAAAACUCUAA